AAACUUUGGGAAAGUCUUAAAACCUCAAACCCCAAACUAAAACCUCAACUCAGGGCAAGACGGUAUCUAUACUGAUCUUAAAAUGUCCGCCGCCAGAUCCGUCCUCCGCUCAGCGGCUUCCCGAGCAACCGCAGCUGCCGCUAGGCUAAACGCCGGCCCCAAGACUGUGCCGCGACCCUGCCGCUCCGCUUUCGGAAUCUCCAAGCAGUCACCGCUCUCUAAUCGCAUUUUCAGGUCGCCUGUGGAGAUGAGCUCCUGUGUGGAAACGAUGCUGCCUUAUCACACUGCAACUGCUUCCGCUUUGCUCACGUCCAUGCUUUCAGUCUCUCGCCGGAGCUCCGGCUGGACCCCUGAAGGGCAAGACAAGACUAGAUGAAGAUCAAGCAAAAUGAGCAAGUGAAUUGCAUUAGUUUCUAUCCUGAUACUUUGAAACUAUUGCUGAAUGUUCUCUUCAAUUGUUUAAUUGAGAAGAUUCUCUUUCCAAAUUAGUGUUAAAAGGAUGAGAGGUUGAGCACCAUAUCUUGUAGUGUGGACUUAGAAAUAACCAAUUAAGUUUUUUCCAGUUUUUAAUAAAUUCUUAUAGUUAUUCUGCUUCCUACUUUAAAAACUCCUGAAACAAAGUGAAAUGUUGUAUUUCCUUUUUAUUGAACCUCCAGACAAGAUUUUUUUCAGUUUAUGUUCUUUAUGGAUCAGAAAAGGAAGACUCUUAACGAUGCAUAUUAUCUUGUAAAAUUGCAAUGAUGAUGUAUGAUGAAUGUCAGAGGGUUCGGGCAAAGUUUUUCAUACAUACGCUCUAUGACAAGAUGGAUGAUUGUGGUUGGGAUGCAGUGCAUUGUUCAUCUUCAUCUCCAUGAAUUUUGAAUGGACUUUGUAAGACUCAGAAGCAUUUUAUCUACUUGGUAGAAUCUGGAAUUUCAAUCCUAUUCAAAUCUUGUUUUGAGAUCAUCUGAGAGUUGGUAAUUAGGUUUUCACAGUUAAAUAACAUGUACUAUAAAGAAAGAUUUCACAGGUUAAUCAUCAUAUACAUGGUUUUCGACAAUUUUUUUUUUUCUUUUGUUGCUAAAUCAAUAAACGAUAAUCGUUGAU